GUAAAUUAUCUGUCCAGGAGGAGGAUGAUUUAACAUAUUAUUUGCUCCAGAGCUCUUCACCUGCCUUUACAAGAGAAGGGGAGAACGGAGGAGAAACCGCCUGUACCUAACCGGCGAGGAGGAGAGAGAGGCACGCAGGUCUUUGGAUCUAUAUCCCCGGGCCAUCUUUUCAGUGCAUCUACCAGUCACAACUAUGUAUCUUCAUGUUGAGUCCUAAUAAAUCACAGCAGACCUCAUAGAGUUGCCCUGCUCCCAGUGGAGGAUAAUGGAACGGCUGUGGUUCUCUUUGCUGUUGCUGGCAGCAGCAUGCAGGGGACAGCCGUGUCCGAAACGCUGUAUGUGCCAGAGCCUUUCUCCAUCGCUCGCUAUCCUCUGCUCCAAGACAGGCCUGCUGUUUGUUCCUGCUGCUAUUGACCGGCGCACCGUGGAGCUACGGCUCCAAGAAAACUUUAUUACAGCUGUCCGAAGAAAGGACUUUGCCAACAUGACCAGCCUGCUACAUCUGACCCUGUCGAGAAACACCAUCAGUCAGAUCCUCCCUUCAGCUUUCAGUGACUUGCGACGACUGAGAGCACUCCAUCUAGACUCUAACAGAUUAACUGUUAUCAAGGAUGACCAUUUCAAAGGCCUGACCAACCUCCGUCACCUGAUCCUCGCCAGCAACCAGAUUCACUCCAUAUCUGCUCAUGCCUUUGAUGACUUCCUGUCCACACUGGAGGAUCUCGACCUCAGCUACAAUAAUCUUGCCGAGACACCUUGGGACAUGAUCGGGCGCCUCACCAAUGUCAAUACCCUAAAUAUGGAUCACAACCUCAUAGAACAUGUUCCCCAAGGUGUAUUCACAAACCUACACAAGCUAGCCAGGCUAGACAUGACAUCCAACAAGCUGAAGAAAAUUCCCCCGGACCCUUUGUUCCUGAGAAUUCCAGUUUAUGCUAAGUCCAAAGGCUCCCCCCUCACCUCCCUGGUGUUAAGUUUUGGUGGCAACCCCCUUCACUGUAACUGUGAACUUCUGUGGUUGAGAAGACUGACCAGAGAAGACGACCUUGAGACAUGCGCUUCUCCCCCUGACCUCAGUGCCAAGUACUUCUGGACCAUUCCUGAAGAGGAGUUUAUUUGUGACCCACCAGUUUUGACCCGUAAGUCGCCACAUACAGUGUCUAUGGAAGGCCAACAUGCAAGUUUAAAGUGCAAAGCGAAUGGUGAUCCAGAGCCUGAAGUUCACUGGAUCAGCCCUGAAGGGCGACUCAUAUCUAAUGGCACCAGAACGUUGGUUUUCCCUAAUGGAAGCCUGGAGAUUAAUGUAACAGUCCUAAAGGAUUCAGGUAACUUCACCUGCAUUGCCUCAAACGCAGCAGGUGAAUCAACGGGCAGGGUGGAGCUUGUUGUGACGGCAGUGCCCCACCUGGCAAACAGCACGAGCCGCAGCCGAGACCCGUCCUCUGAACCGGCCCCGUCUGACAUCCUAACCUCCUCUAAGGUUGCCCUGCCUAACAACGAGACACGAGGGGCCGACCGGAGGGUCUCAUUGGUGGAACUGACAGGAAACUCUGCCCUCAUUAGAUGGAGCAGUCAGACACCUGCAACUGGAGUCAGGAUGUUCCAGGUCCAGUACAACAGCUCUGGAGAUGACACACUUGUUUACAGGAUGAUUCCGUCCAGCAGCAACGACUUCCUGGUUCGGGACCUCGCCCCCGGACGCAACUACGAUCUCUGUGUCCUUUCCGUGUUUGAGGAUGUCGUCACAUCACUGACUGCAACGCGUCCUUUGGGCUGUCUUUCGUUCACCACGGACACAGAGUUCAGUCAGUGCCAAGCAUUGCACAGCCACUUCCUGGGUGGCACUAUGAUCAUCAUCAUUGGAGGGAUUAUUGUUGCAUCUGUGCUGGUUUUUAUUAUCAUCUUAAUGAUAAGAUACAAGGUUUACAGCAACCAAGGGGCAGGCCCCGGAAAAGCAGCCAUCGCAGAGACUGUACCAAGACCUCAGAGCAAUGGUCAAGGAGGAGGCGCACAGGUCCAAGUCCUCCCUCACUCUGCCUCAAAAAUGCCUGACAGUCAGGACGACCAAGCGAUGGCGCCCUCCAGGGCCAUGUCGCCUAGCAACACUCUGAGAGACACUGUGGCAUUGGUCGAGGAGGCGAGCAGUGGACGGAGCAUAAUGACAAGGACUGACUCCUUGGCCAAUGACGAGUUCCUCUCGCCCACCAAGUCCCGCUUCUCCUCCAGGGUCGCCAUUGAGAUGAAAAGCAGGCCGCCAUCUGUCGCCAAAGAGCCCACCUCCCCCAAGGAACCUGCAGAACCCUGAUGAUGUUGUUCUGAGUGGCAGAAUUGGAGAACGUCACCACCAGGGAGAAGCUGGUGAAAACAGAAGAAAAAAAGGCCCUAUAGCCCCCCUCCCGUAUCUCCUGUUUACUGUGCCCAUUUCUUUGUUUCCAUAAGUACCAUGGGGUCAUAGACCUGUACUGUCUGGUUUACUUUUUGCUGAUUUUGGUUCUCAUGUCUGAAUUGGACAAUCGUAUCAAGGCCCGCUGUCUAUUUGCCUGCCGAUUCGCCUCUUGCUACAGGAUCCGGCUGGCAGUGUGAUCAUCAUUAAUCAGUUUUGAAUGGAACGGCACGCACUGAAUGCUGAAUUUUCCACUUGAAUCAUUUGUAUCAGUGUGAAAGUGGAUACAAUGGGCGUAGAUAAUUUCAAAAGAAAACAAAAAAAAUACUUGUGUUUUGACAUGAUUAUGGACGGAAAAUAUGAAUGAACUUCUCCCCAUCUGGAGCAGCAUCAACAUGCACGGACAGACACCCAACAGAUGGUAAAAACAGACUGAGAAUGUAUGGCUAAACAGUAAAAGUUGGAUGCAUAGAUAAUCGCACACAACCUGGAUAUACAAUAUGUUAGACUGCACAAACAGAACGCAAUUAAUAUCACACAAAUGGAUCCUGUUUUGGAUAUGAACAUUAAAACAAUAUCAGCGCACUCUUUCUGCACAUAAGGAACUCUCAACAUGGCUGGCUGUAGAUGGCUCAACUUUUGUAUUCCAUGUGAAAUAAUGGAAUAAUGAAAACUGAACUGUGCUGGGCUGAUCCGAACUACACUGAACUGGAGCUGGAUUUGAACCUUGACUAAAUCCUGUUAUCAAUCAGCAGUCUGUUUCUGGAAAUCAGUAUAUAACAAAAACCUGAACUGAAGUGGAUCCAGAUCUAGAAAUGUACACUGGUCAAGGAUUUGGACUGUGCAUUGAUCUACAGUAGAAAAAAACUUGACUAGACUGGCCUGUUAUCUAUUAGUCUAGUCUGUGUAUUCUACUGCUCUGUUCUAAUGUCUGCCGCUAUCCACUGGAAGUGACAGACGAGGACCUUGUGGAACUUGACCAGCCUUUCUAGCGUCUCUCCAGGCCCAUUUACACAGACCCAGUGAUCAGGAGGAAAGCCACAUGUCUGAAGUCAAAACGGAAACGGAUGAACAGAUUAGAAAUCAAAAUAAUAAAGUAGCGGGGGAAUCAGUUAGCCAAAUUGUGUGAAUUUCCGAUUUCAUCAUCAUUAAACUUCAUUGUCAAUAAGUAUGUUUACAGAUCCAGAGUAGGUUUAAUUUGGUUUCGCUGGUCCGGUCUACAAGCUUAAACCAGUUUGAUUUGAUGCCAACUGGACGAGACUGCAUUUGUACUGUAUUAUGACAUGUUCUGGCAAAUUCAUAAAUAAGCCACGGAGCUUCAUCAGCCCCACAGUGUAAAUCCAAUUUGCAUUAGUAAUAAGCAAUAUGAAAGUGUGAUUAAAAUAAUAUUGUGUUUGACAAAGAGCUACUGUCUGACGGACAGUUCUCAAUUAACUGCAUAGCUGAGAAAGUCUGCAACAAGAAGGAGAUCAAAUUGUAGUUUCAUUAGGGGUUGGAGGAGUCAUUAGGAGCCGCUGAGUAAAGAACAAAUCAAUCUGUUCAGUGAUUGGCUUAAUAUCAAACCGGUUUGAAUUUUUUUUAUACCGGGCUAUGCCUAGUCUAGAGAUCUACAUUGAAAAUCGAAUCAGCCUACUUUAUCAAGAAGAAAAAUGCUGUAUGACUGUAUAUGAACUGCAUUGUUAACAUCAUGGUAGUAGUCAUCCAGGCCUUCUGCACAUCUUCAUAAUCACAAUCCUCUUCAUCACCAUGGAGCGCGGCUACGUGCACACAGCAUGGCGCAUAACACAUCUCACUUCAUGUUAUUUUGGAAAGAGUGACAUCUUCGUACUGUAUGUGUCUGACGAAUCCUUUUAUGAUAAUCAUCAGAACAAAACAUGUGCUCUGUAAUAGCAUCUCUGUCAUGAUUGCCAUGCUUUGGCUCUGACAUCACGCUGGUUAUUGUAAAUGGGGUCUGUGGUACACAGAUGCCAUCUCAGAUAUGUGUUUUUCCAGAUGUGUGUGCACAGGUUGUUAUCAUUCUCAUCAUGAUUGUUACAGUUCCUUGCAGAGAUGUAAGUUGGUUGAAGAGCCAAUAGACAGAGAACCUCGAAAACCGUUUGACCCAUCUCAGAAGACACAUCCCAAAAAAAGCAGAUAAAAAUAAAAACGUCUUCACUUUUCUCCCUUCUGUGCUCUCCUCACUUUUUCUUUGGGCUUUACCUUUUGUAUGUGUACAUAAAGCAAUUUCAAAUCUUAUAGUUUUGUACAUGUAAUUUUUAUGGUGUGUGGAAUUUUUUAAUAAAAUAAAACA